AUGUCACUCAGAUUCUCAUCAAUUGUUGCUCUUUGUUGCUCUUACUUUCUUUUCUUCAACGCUGUUACAGCUUCCAACAUCACACAGAUCCUAAGCCAGUACCCUGAUUUCAGCACCUUUAAUGACUAUUUGACACAAACUCAACUGGCAGGUGAAAUUAACAGCCGCCAAACGAUCACGGUCCUAGUGGUGGAAAAUGGGAACAUUUCCCCUCUUUCUGGAAAACCGAAGGAUGAGAUCAAGAAUAUUUUGAGUGUGCAUGUAAUACUAGAUUACUUUGAUGUUGCAAAGCUGCAGAAAUUACAAAAUAAAACUGCAAUACUCACUACACUUUUCCAGUCUAGUGGGCUGGCCAGAGGCCAACAGGGGUUCUUGAAUGUCACGAUUUUGGGCACUAAUUCAGUUGCCUUCGGGUCAGCAGUUCCAGGAUCGAUCCUUAAUUCAAAUUUGGUUAAAUCUAUUGCCUCCCAACCCUAUAAUAUUUCAGUCUUGCAGGUUAGCAAUGUUAUUGUCCCUUCAGGUACUGGCAAUAAUACUAAUACCAAUUCAACCGCCUCGCCCCCAACACCAUCUGCACCUGUUCCUGCAGGCCCACCACCAGCAUCAAGUCCCCAGAAGCCACCACCCAGUAAUGCACCUGCACCAUCCACCGCAAAUCCUCCUCCCAGUAAGGCACCUGCCCCAUCAAUGGCAAAGCCUCCGGCAACCGGGACUGCACCAACAGCUACUCCACCUGCCGUGUCUGACUCACCUGUGGGAGGACCUCCACCAACAACUGCAGAUGGCCCUGCUGCAGAUUCUCCAACUUUAUCUCCUCCAGCAAUGGAUGGUCCAGUAGCAGCAACUCCUGUUGCUGAUGGCCCUUCCGCGGACGCUCCUUCAGAUGAGAAAUCUGAUGCAUCUGUCAUUAAUGCUGGAAAUAACGUUGCUUUAUUCGCACUGAUCCUCCCCUUGGCACUCCAAACACCUUCGAUCAAACCACAAAACCAACAAUUUGAGCAUUUGACGGCAUUUCCAAUGGGGUUAAUCAUCUGGUUUUUGCUCUCGUUCUUUCUAUACCAACAGCCAUUGGCUUUGGAAAGUGCUCAUGAACUGAGUCUUCAGUUUCUGACUCACGAGCUGUUAGCAUCAGCAAGAGAACCAGACUUCUUUGAAUGGGUUAGAGGAAUCAGGAGAAGAAUUCAUGAGCAUCCGGAGAUAGGAUUUGAAGAGUACAGAACAAGCGAGAUAAUAAGGUCUGAGCUUGACUUGCUUGGAAUUGACUACAAAUGGCCUGUUGCCAAGACCGGAGUGGUAGCUACCAUUGGUUCUGGUCAAAAGCCAGUUUUUGGUCUCAGAGCUGACAUGGAUGCCCUUCCUAUUCAGGUCCUCACUCUUUCCCUCUUUUGUCUAAUAGCUGUUAAUAAAUUCGAAUACCUUGAACUUCACAUCUUCGGUCCAAAGGAAGAAGUAGAGUGGGAGCACAAGAGCAAGAUUGAUGGGAAGAUGCAUGCCUGCGGUCAUGAUUCUCAUGUAGCAAUGCUGCUUGGAGCAGCCAAGUUACUUCAAGCCAAAAGAGACGCACUGAAGGGAACUGUGAAGCUUGUUUUCCAGCCUGGAGAAGAAGGAUACUGUGGUGCUUACCAUAUGUUACAAGAUGGUUGUCUUGAUGACAUUGAUGCCAUCUUGAGCAUACAUGUUAUUCCCUCAGUAGCAACCGGCGGCAUUGCUUCAAGACCGGGUCCAUUGCUUGCUGGUGUGGGGCUUUUUGAAGCUAAAAUCCAAGGAAAAGGUGCCCACGCUUCAUCCCCACAUUUGGCUAGGGAUCCAAUUCUUGUGGCUUCAUCCACAGUCGUCGCCCUCCAACAGAUUGUAUCUCGAGAGACAGAUCCUCUUGAAGCUGCGGUGGUGACAGUCGGGUACAUAGAGGGAGGCAAAGCUGGAAACGUUAUUCCGGAAUCCGUGAAAUUUGGUGGAACCUUUAGGAGUUUGAGCAACGAAGGUGUCUCCUACCUACAAAAAAGAAUUAAAGAGAUUAUAGAGACCCUCGCAGCAGUCCAUCAAUGCAACGCUACAGUGAACUUUAUGGAGGACAGGCAUCUGCCGCAUCCUGUGAUGAUUAAUGAUGAAGCACUGUAUAAGCAUGCAAAGAAGGUUGGAGAGGCCUUAGUUGGAGAACCCAAUGUUCAGCUAUUCCCGAUAACCAUGGGAGGGGAGGAUUUCAGCUUCUUCUCCCAAAGGAUGCCUGCUGCAAUAUUUGUAAUCGGGACAAUGAACGAGACUCUGAAAUCGAAUCAGCCACUUCACUCGCCUUACUUCUUCAUUGACGAGGAAGGUCUUCCAAUAGGCACAGCUCUUAAUGCUGCUGUUGCGAUCUCAUACUUGGAUACACAUGCUGUGAAGACUUGUGAGGAACCUCCUUCAGCUUUCCCUUUCUGA